AAAAAAUGAAUGACAUACACAGUUGGUCAAUCGCUAAAGAAAUAUCUGCAAAGGAAACUAAUAUAAAGCCUAUAAAUGAUUUAUUUGGAAAAUUAAGAAACAAUGAAACAACGGCUAGACUUUUAAAACAUUCAAGAUUAAUAAUGCCAAUAAUAACCCCAAUAUAUCCAGAACAAUCAGCAGCCUUUAACGUUAAUUAUUCAACACAUAAAAUAAUUAUGAAAACAUUAUUUGAGGGGUUGAAAAUGUUAAGGGAUGUUAAUAUUGUUGGGCUUAGAACUGGAGCUAUUGAAAAAGCAUGGGAAAGGUGGAUUAAAGGAAUUAAAUUUGAAGAAAAGGUGUUUGUUUAA